UAUCUCGGUAUUAAAGAAUAUAAACAUAAACCAACCAUGUCACGGAUAUGUGUGAAAAACUUGCCCAAGUAUGUGGCAGAGGACCGUCUGAGAGAGUUCUUCUCCCAGAAAGGGGAAGUCACCGACGCCAUGCUUAUGCGCACCAAGGAUGGGAAGAGCAGACAAUUUGGAUUUGUUGGAUUUAGGACUGAGCAUGAAGCCGAGGAAGCCACAAACUACUUCAACAAGUCUUUCCUGGAUACUUGCAGAAUUACUUGUGAGGUCUGUUAUUUCUUUUUAAGUUUCAAGCUUCUGAAUUAGGAACCACUUUAGUAGGAAGUAAUGGUGAGAUUAUUUCGUCAAACAUUAUAACCGUCAAUAGCCACAGUUGUAGCUGGUAAUGUGUUCUAUUGAAUGGGGAAUUAAUUGUACUGCCUUUUGUCAAUC